GCGACCACCUCACUUGUAAUUAAGCUCUAAUCAUGCAGCAUGUAGCCACCAACUAAAGCUAGAGAGAGAGAGAGAGAGAGAGAGAGAGAGAGAUGCACGUGGUGCAUCAGGUGAAAAAGGAACAUAAAAGCUCUCCGUGAUCGAUGACUCGGAUUCCGUUAAACAAACUACAAAAAGAACAACAACUCCGGCUACAAAUUGGGCUGCACCCCAUCGAUCCAUCCAUACUAGUCCUAGUGAACAAUGAUGAACCCCGCGCGCACUGGCAUUUGCUCAAGCUCCUCCUCCUGCUCAUCGCCAACCACCUCCUCUCAGCGGAAGCAGCACAGCACACCAAAGAGUCAUAUGUCGUCUACAUGGGGAGUCCUCCUUCAGGAGGUGGUGGCGUGAAGCUGGCGGAGAUGAUGCGUGCCGCGCACCUUGAGAUGCUUGCGUCCAUUGUACCCCAGGAGCAACGGUGGCUGACGCAUAGCUACCACCAUGCGUUCGAGGGAUUCGCUGCCGAGCUCACUGAGGAGGAGGCCCUCGCGCUGUCUGCGCACGAAAGAGUGGUGUCGGUGUUCCGAGACCCCGUGCUGCUACUACACACUACCCGGUCCUGGGACUUCCUUGACAUGCAGUCCGGCUUCCGUCCCGACGGCGGAGCACCCCAGGCCUCCGGUGAUGUCAUCAUCGGUGUCAUCGACACAGGUAUUUGGCCGGAGUCACCGAGUUUCAAUGACGACGGGAUGGGGGACGUGCCGUCGAGGUGGCGAGGGUUGUGCAUGCAAGGUCCAAGCUUCAAGAAGAGCAGCUGCAACAAGAAACUCAUUGGUGCGCGGUACUACGGCGAUCAGCUCGGCUUGGUGGCGCCAAAUGCCUCCCUGGCCAGGGUGGCGCUGUCGACCGGCUCGCCUCGAGACGACGUUGGUCACGGCACUCAUUGCGCGUCAACAGCCGCAGGCGCGAUUGUGGAGGGUGCCAACUACUACGGCCUGGCCUGGGGCGCAGCCAAGGGCGGUGCGCCGGCCGCACGCGUGGCCUCGUACAAGGUGUGUACCGAGGACGAGAACGGAUGCUCCGGCUCGGCGCUACUCAAGGCCAUCGAUGACGCAGUGAGUGACGGAGUGGAUGUGAUCUCCAUCUCCAUUGGCAAGACCGCUACCGAUACAGUGCCAGACCUUCUCACCGAUCCCGUCGCACUCGGAGCAUUCCACGCACACCAGAGGGGCGUCCUAGUGGUCUGCUCGGCUGGCAACGAUGGGCCCGACCCAUCCACCGUCGUCAACUCCGCGCCGUGGAUCCUCACGGUCGCCGCCUCGACCAUCGACCGCGCCUUCCACUCCAGCAUUGUCCUCGGCAACAGAAAGGUCUUCAAGGGUGCCGCCAUAAACUUCUCCAACCAAAGCCUCGAUGGAGAGCGCUACCCUCUGGUGUUUGGGGCCCAAGCGGCAACCCGGCGCGCACCGGCGUCUGAGGCAAGCAACUGUUAUCCGGGAUCGCUGCGCAAGCGCAAGGUGGCCGGGAAGAUCUUGGUGUGCAUCGGCACAGACUCGAGGAUUACGCGGCGGAUAAAGAUGCUCGUCGCGGAGGAUUCGGGGGCGAGGGGGCUAGUGUUGAUCGACCACAAGGCCAUGGAGGCACCGAUCGACACCGCUAGCUUCCCCUUCUCCCAGGUGGGCACCGAUGCCGGUGCACAGAUACUGCGGUACAUUAAUUCCACCAAGAAUCCGACGGCUGCGAUCCUCCCCACAAAGGACGUCAAGUUGUUCAAGCCUGCGCCCGUGGUGGCGUCCUUCUCGGCGCGCGGCCCUGCUGCCCUCACUGAAGCCAUCCUCAAGCCCGAUCUGAUGGCGCCCGGGGUCAGCAUCCUCGCCGCGAUGCCGCCCAUGAACAUGGAGGACGUCCCCGCCGGCAAGAAGCCCUCGUCAUUCUCCAUCAAGUCCGGCACUUCCAUGGCCUGCCCGCAUGUCGCCGGCGCCGGUGCCUUCCUCAAGUCGGCCCACCCGCGCUGGACCCCAUCCAUCAUCAGAUCAGCUCUCAUGACCACAGCGACGGCGAGAAACAACCUGGGACUGCCGGUGGCGAGCAGCAGUGGCGCGGUGGCGACUGUACACGACAUGGGCGCCGGCGAGAUCAUACCGCUUCGGGCGCUCAAUCCGGGCCUGGUGUUCGACACCACCACAAGGGACUACCUCGACUUUCUCUGCUACCAGGGCUACAAGGACAAGGUCAUCCGCAAGGUCUCCGGCGAUGCCCAGUUCACCUGCCCGCAUGGCGCGCCCUCGCCGGACCUCAUCGCAAAGAGCGUCAAUUACCCGUCUAUCUCCGUGCCACAGCUCACGGCCGGGAAGCCCUUCGCCGUGUCGCGCACCGCCACGAACGUCGGGCGGUCUAACGCGACGUACGUGGUGGCUGUCGAGGCACCGCCAGGCCUGUCAGUGAAGGUGUCGCCUAAGCGGCUGCUGUUCUCGAGGCGAUGGGCCACUGCCGCGUACGAGGUGCGCUUCGCUCACGCCGGGGCCAGGAAUGGUUACGCAUACGGCGCUGUUACCUGGUCGGAUGGCCUGCACUCGGUCCGGACCCCUUUCGCCGUUAAUGUCUUCUGAUUGUGUAUCUGCCUCUUCAUUUCAUUUUCUUAUAAUUUUCACCACUAGAUGUUUUGUUACGUGUGUUCUACAUAAAUAAAUUGUUCAGCACUCCUAGAUCUCAAUUUCGAUCUCCUUAGUUCUUCAUGACUUUCCGACAACGAAGAACAACGUCUAGCUGUCUGUGGAUGAGCGGUAGCGGUCGCGUGACAUGGGCUCGCGUUGGAGGUGGAAUGUGUUCGACGACCCGAUAACCUACUUGUACUAGUACAAUGCCCGUGCAUUGACACGGGCUUUUUAAUUUUUUUUAAUUGCAUACAUAAGCAUAAUGCACUU